GCUCGCACACCUACAGUUUCGGUUAUGAGAUCAAUAACAAAGCAAGCGGUAAUAUACAAUUCCGUAAUGAGAGUAAAUAUGGUAAUAAUACAGUACAAGGCUCUUACGGUUAUGUACAACCUGAUCAAGGCCUUAUUGUAACACAUCACUUUACCGCUCGCGCUGAUGAUUAUUCAGGCCAGAUGGAAAUUAGAAAACCCGUUGAAGAGGAUAUCACCUCAAUAGUUGAUCAAAUAAAUAUAAAACAGAAUUUAACCGAUAUUCUUUUACCCGUCGAGCCUAUUAAGGCAAAACAAGACAUAAACUUGAAUCCGGCUAAACUCGAACAAGAAGUCAUCAAUCCUGUGGUAUUAGAAACAAUAGACGGUGCAUUGCCUUUGAAGGGAAUAGCAAAAGAUGAAAAAGGUUUCGAAAAUUUAAAAACUAAACCUGUACAUAAGUUUAUACCUACCGGUUUUCCCAUAAUACCGUUUCAAUUGCCAACAAAUUACACAAGAGUCUAACGACUACAUCUGAUCACACAGCUAAUAAAAACUUAAGGAAAUAAUUAAUGAAGACGAGACGCUUAAUCGAAAGAAUAUCGUAAUUAAAGAAGAAGCAAAUCAUAAAGACAAGCCUGAUAAUUAAUUUAAUGCAUUCUAGUAGCAACAAACUAAAAAAGCAUUUUUGAAAUUUAAUCCAUAAUACCUUUCAACUAUGCCUGCUCCAAGAAACGAAAACUUCGAUUGUUAUUGAAAAGAUC